UGUUAUUGUCUUGCAAGGCGAGCACCGAAGCCUAGGGAGAAAUCCAGGGCCACUGAGCACAAGUUGCUGCUAAGGCUUAUCGGCAGGUUUCUAGAAUGUGUCUGCGUGCAAGAGGAAGCUGUCUGCUCUCAAGUAUGUAUCCUUUGUCUUUGCAGGGCCUGGGCAGGAGCCGGUUAUUUCAGCUCGGGGUUCGGGUCACAGCCGGCUCCCCGCCGUGCCGUGCCCCGGGGGCUGUCGGCUCCUGCUGCGAGACGCUCGCUCAUUGUUACAUUGUCCUGGAGAAACCGGGUUCGGGGAGGACUGGACCUUCCCCGUGGUGUUUAGAUCCGAUUCCAGACAAAUCGUAGCCACUUCAGUGUUCUGUCCCCUAAGCUGAGUCAGGAUGAUUCAUCUGAUUUUAGACAGCACCCACCUAUAGAAGGUGGGUUUGAGCUGUGUGUCUCUUCAUUCAGUCGCUCUAAGUGUGUCAAAUUAUCAGGGCUUGUCUGAUCCCCAUUAGCGACUUAAAAAUACUCUUUACUACGGGAGGAACUCGCUGCCAUCUAUUCUAUCCCAUUCUACAUCAGUUCUGGGGGCCGGCAUUGGCUGCGCUCGGUGGAAGCUGUAGCGAGGUGGGGGUGGAGUGCAGGGGCAGCCCCGCCUGGGCGGCUCCGGGAGCCGCACCUGUCCCCGCAGUGUCUGUCCCCGCAGUGUCCCCGCAGUGUCCCCGCACCUGCCCCCGCAGUGCCCUCGGAGCCGGCAGCGCUUGGACACUGAGCGAUCCUACGGUGAGGACAGGGAUGGGGAGAGGGAGCGGGGAGGAGCAGGAGCCUCGCCUUGCUGCGGGAGGACGGGGACGGGGCUGCCGCGUGUUCCUGCUCCUGCACUUCGAGCUCUUUCACAGCUUUUGCCCGGCGGCGCUGGAACCGGCCCAAGGAUGGACUGUCCUGGUGGGGAAUGGCCCCGGCAAGAGUUUUACAUUUUACGAAAAAGCUUCCAACAGGACAUGAUGAUGAAGCAGUUCAUGGCCAUGUUAAAGAAGAAUGAAAAUAAUCAUCCCCCAUCCACCAAGCUGUUGAAUCUAGCAGAACAGCUUUGCCAGGAGCUCCAGAGCUCAUCUCCUAAUCUGGAGAAGCUGGUUGGAGCUGUGAUGGGAUGCAAAAGCAAGACAUACUUUCUCGCUAACAUCCACGUUGUCCGGGCUUGUGUGUCCGUUCAUAUCCAUAAAGGGGAACAUGAUGCAGCUUGCAAACUCCUGAAGUGUUGCAAGGCAGAAGAGAAGAAAGAGCUGGUGCAACUUUGGCAUGAGAUUCACUACCAGAGGUUUAUGGCGGAACACAAGACACAUUUUCUGACACCACUGCAGAAAUUCCGCUGCAGGAAGAGGAAUCCUCCACCUAGUUCCCUUUGUCCUGAAGGUUUGAAGACUCGAAACUAUUCACAAGAAGUACGCCAGCACCUGCACAGGUUUGCUGCAGAGGUGACAGCCAAUCCAAACAAGAAACAGCGGGACAGAUUGGCUCAGGACAUGAACCUGCAGCCAACUCAGGUCUAUAAUUGGUUUGCAAAUUAUCGACGACGAAAAUCCCGCCUCCUUCAUGUGAAAGCGCCCAACAAUUCAUGUCCUGAGAAGGCUUCAGCUCACAAAGAGCCACAGGAUAAAGGAUCCAACACUCCACAAAAUGCAGAUGGAUCUCCUGUGGGCAUCAGCCCUGAGCAAAUGGAUAUAACCCUCAUGCCCUGUGAGCCAGGACAGGAGCAGCCUCCUGAAGGAGAGUAUUUAAAGAUGCUGGAAUCCAGCUGUAUGCAGAGCCCUGAGCUGUUGUAUGAAGCUGGAACAAGCAAGGUUUUGUGCACCACUCACAGCGCUGAACAACCUGCACCUUUUGGCACUGAGGCUGUGGUGGAACCACAAACCUGCUCUGGCUCUCCUGUGCUGCUGCCUGGAGAAGCAGUGGGCAGGGCUGCUGCCAACUUCUGUCAGGAGAGCUUUGUCCUGUGCUCUUAUGAGCCCGUUCCCGUUGUGAAUUAUUGUCUGCCCAUGUGGUGGGCCCCUUGCAGCACCAGAGGAGUCUUUGGCUCUGUGUGGACCCCAGUUGUAGAAGCAGGUAUCAGAGCUCCCUUGAGCACAGUCCCUCAAGGUGGCUGUGUUGAAGCCAGUUCAGAAAGAAUCAUUCAGCAGUCAGAUUUACAUGAUGAAAGCUUAAUCCUUAGAGGAGGACAGCUAGGGACCCUGGAAUCUAUUCCCCACAGUUCCUCUCAGACUGUGUUUGGCAAGCCUCAAAGUCCACAUGUUUCUGCAGCCCAUGUGGACGAAAGCCAAGCCCUGGGACAAAGCCAGGUAAGAACACACCUAAUGUUCAGAGAAAGGAGCUCCUGUACUCAUGAUCCCCUGCAGGUCUCUCAGAGAAGAUGUGAAUUCUCAUAUCAUAUUCAGUAUCAAACAUGUUUGAUCUAAGCAUAGCUUCUGAAUUAUAGUUCAAAGCAAGCUAGGCAUUCCCUGGGUACUGUCCAACAGAUAGUGGAAGGAAAGGUGGUUUUGUUGGUUUUUUUUCCCCUACUUGAAUUGCUUAUCAGACCCUAAUUUUAUUAAAUGUGUCAUUGAAAUGGUGGUCAAAAGAGCCUGUGCAGAUCCAAAGUGUAGUUUAAAUUUUCAGUAAUGGAGUGCUCACCUAUAGAACAAAAAGAUGGCUGCUUGAGGUCCUCCCCUCUAAAGUGUUUUGCACAAUUUGAUUCUGUUCCCUCAGACCUCUUAAAAUGUUUAGUGUAAUUUCCGUUUGCAAGUCUGUUUUAUGGUUGAGGAAAAGGGAUUUUGCACUGUUCUGGGAUGGCUGAUAGCAGUAUACAGAGCAGUGUGAUUGUUGGCUGGGAUAAAGAAGGUAGUUCCAUGCUGUGGGUGCAGUCUGUGUGCCUUCUGAUGGGGACUUCAAGGCAGUAGAGAAUACAAUUUAGGAAUCUUGUGCUUUCAAGAGGAUGGGAGCACGGCUCUGAAUUGUUACCUAAAAACAGGACCCAAGAAAACCUUGUCUAAGCUGUACAUUGAUGUAUUUUUUGGCUUCAUGUGUGUUGGUCGAAGAGUCAGUGAGUGUCCACUGCUGUUUCCCUUGCAGUGUGAGCUGCUGGGGAAAACCCUUUUCAAAAGAGAUUACAAAAAGCAGGACCCAUAUCUGCUGGCCUCAUUAUGAGAAGUGGCUGCAGCUCUGAGGGCAGUAACAGAACCUCUUUUGAGCCUCUGAAAGCAUCAAUAUAAAGAUCUGUAUCUUGGAAAGUGGCCUUUUUACCAGCCAUAAUGUAAGCCAGACGAGAAGGAAAGCUUUGGGCAUUAAUAAUGAAUGAGCCUUUUCUAAGAUUCCCAGAGCAGGCCGUCUCUAGCUAGUCUUCAUCUUGCUGUUCUGCAUUCUUGCACUGAUUUUGCAGUGGUGAAGAAACAUGACACUCAAUGGGCUGGGGAGCAAGAAUACUGAGUGAUGCUUGUAGAUGUCAAACGGGACAUUUUCAAAUCUUUGUAAUAAUUACUCAGUUCAGGAAUUCAGAAAAGCAAUUUUGCAUAUUUUAGUGUGUGCCUUAGGAAAAGGAAGAGUUUGAAUGGGUAAAUGAUUUUACAGCAUUUCUACAGACUUCCUGGGCACUUUGCUUCUUGCUGAAUCAACUUACUCUCAGCUUGUGGCAAGAAUAUGCAGAUAUUUGGUUCCUAUGUCUGAAUCACAGAGGUGCAGAUUAGAACUUUGUUUUGUGCACAGGACUCAAUUUGCUUUUUGUUGAUCAUGCAUCCUGUUAGAACCAAAAUGAGAAUAAAAUUAAAGCAGUUUAUUAAUUUUGGGGAUAUUUCUUUCUCUCCCUGAGCAGACCUCCCUUGCUCAUGACAUAAUUUCCUUAAUUUUUAAUUCCUGUCUUACCCUCUGUCAGUUGCUGGCUUUUAUAGGAGCCAAAGCCUAGGGCAGAGGGAAGGGAAUGGCUCUGCUCUGAAUUCCUGGGAGAUGGAUUGUGCACAGAUUGUGCUCAUCACUUCCACACACCCACUGAUGGAUUACUCCACCUGAACUUGGAGGGGAGGAAGGCCUUUGUCACUUCAUGCACACAGCCCUGAGCAGUGACAUUUCCUCCCAUCACACACCUUGUGCUGCUUUCUGCCCAAAGGAGCUCUUCCACCACAAGCAACUGUGUUAAAAAUCAUAUCUAGUGAGGCUUUGCUACCUUCCUGUGUCUUUCAGGUCCUGGAGGAUCCAGCUGUUGAUUCACUAGACCUGUUCCAGGCAGCAUGCCUGCUCUAUGAAAUUUCUAGCAGUAAAAACCGUGAACCGAUGUGACCUGCCUGCAGAUACAAUCCAUGUCUGUGCUUCCCUGGGAAACACCUCAUUCCCUCUUUUUUUUUAAAAUGGAAGAGGAGUUUAACAGGGAGAUUGAAUAGUGUGAGGGAGAAGAAUGGAGGUGUUUCCAAUGGUUACAAAAGUUGGUUUGGUUACAGUUUUAUUAAGAAGUUUGCAAAGGAUAGAAGAAGGCAAAAGUGCACUGUGGACUGUAGGUUUUUGCUGGAGUGGUCUGAAGCUGCACUGUAGAUGUUAAAAUUAUCAAGGCACUGCUUCUGAUCUGAUCAUGGCACUGGCCAGGUCCGAGUCCUUGGUUGCAUCGUGAAGGUAAAUGAAGCUCCUGUGCUCAAAGGAGUAAAAUUUAGUUAUAUUGCCUUGCAGUGGAUAUUGGGACAACCUUUUCUCAGGCUUGGAAAAUAAUGUCUCAUGGUAAUGUAUUUUUUUUCCCUGCCUUCCUGUUGUACUGCAGAGUGUAACUUCUGGAGUGUUCCAUACUCUGUAGUGCCACAGGUGACACAAACGAGCACAGCAGAAUUUUCAGUGCUAGAGCAUGCCAUUGUUUUACUGUUUAAUACAAGAAGUAGCAAGGCAGGCCCUUCAUGCAGCUUUAAAACUAAUCCUGCAAGUUAGGGUGGGUUUUUGGGUUUUUUCCUGAAGUGUUACUGUUUUUAAAAAAAUCUGUAUAUUGCAAAAUGGGUCCCUUUUGCCAAAUCUCCAGCCCGGAGAUACAUGGAGAAGAUGUCUCCUUUACCUUUUGUUACAAAGUUUUCGAAUAAAGAUUUUCACUUACUGUUU